AUGUCUACGUCAUCAUACAGUGCAAAUACAUCUACACCACCAUAUAGUACAAACAUGUCUUCAUCUAAAGAAAAACCAGCUAUUGUUACUAGCAAUGUCAGAGAUGAUAUAUCUUUUGGAUCCAUCACAGAGGAGGAACCAGUUAAACUAGAGAAAAAUUUCAAUUUAUGGAGUACAUGUGCAUUUCAAUAUACAUUAAUUUGUUCAUCCUUGGCAAUAGGGACAUUUUUGAGUACAGUUAUCGGUGUUGGGGGAAGUCCUGUGUUAAUAUAUGGAUUUAUCUUGGCUAUUAUAUUUGAUUUAAUAAUCUGCUAUUGUUUAGCUGAAUUGGCUUCUGCAUAUCCACAUUCUUCUGCCCAAGUUCAUUGGACUUAUUGUUUAGCUUCGGAUAGUUGCAAAAGAGUGCUUAGUUUCGUCACAGGUAUAUUAUCUUGUGCUGGUUGGAUCUUUGCUUGUUUCAGUUCAACUUUUGUUGCAUCUAUGUUUAUUUUAUCAUUGGCACAAUUAUAUCAUGAGGAUUAUAUUCCAAAGACUUCUCAUUAUUAUGCUGUAUAUUUGGCAGUAUUUCUUUCUGGUUAUUCAAUCAAUGUUUUCUUUGUGAGAUUGUUACCUUUGAUUACUAACAUAUCUGUCGGAGUGAUCAAUUUUGGGACUUUUUUCAUCAUUAUUACAUUGUUGGUUAAAUCUCCUAAACAAUCUACAGAAUUUGUUUUCAAACACAUAAUCAAUGAAACUGGGUGGUCCUCAAAUGGGGUAGUAUUUUUUUUGGGAUUGUUGCCUAGUCUUGCUAGUGUUACAUUAUUUGAUGGUGCUGUUCAUAUGACUGAUGAAAUUGCCCAACCUGAAAGAAACAUCCCAUUAGUUAUGGUUAUUUCCAACACAUUAUCAGGAGUUAUGGCAUUUUUCGCAGCUGUCGUAUACAUGUUCUGUGUGGUUAAUAUUGAUAAUUUAUCAAACCCAAUCGGCGGUGAACCAAUUGUUCAAUUAAUGUAUGAUUCAUUUCAAUCUAGAGGAUUAACUACCGUUGGUGUUAUUUGCUUGAUUUUAACAUUUGUUGGUUCUUCAUAUAUGUAUUAUACCAGUACCUCAAGAUUGAUUUGGUCUUUUGCCCAAUCAGAUGGAUUACCAUUCAGUGGGUAUUUAGGACAAGUUUCUUCAAAAUUGAAAAGUCCUGUCAAUGCAUUGACUUUGUUAACUGUGCUUUGUAUUAUAAUUGGUACUUUGAUUAUGGGUUCGGAUAGUGCAUUGAAUGCAGUUUUGGGAACCUCGAUGGUUUGUAUUAAUUUAUCCUAUUUAAUUCCAAUUGCUUGUUUAUUGGUCAAGACUAGAUGUUCUUGGAAUCGUUAUGAUAUAAAACCUUACUUUUGUUUGGGUAAGUUUGGUUUACCAAUGAAUAUUGCUUCGGUUCUUUGGAUUUGUUUUAUAAUGGUGUGGUUGAAUUUCCCAAUGGAAUAUCCAGUCACAUCGACAAACAUGAAUUAUGCAUGUGUUGUGCUUGGUAUAACAUGUUUCAUUGGUGCUAUUUUAUGGUUUGUUCAUGGAAGAAAGUACUACGAACAUAAUAUACAUGUCAAGCAUUUUUAG